AUGCUGUCGAACGAGAGCUGCGAGAACAGCACCCAUAUCCACACGGACGGGAACCCGGUGGUGAGCACAGUGAUGUUCAUCCUGGGGGUGAUGGGGAACGUCAUCGCCCUGGCCAUCCUGGGGGUCCACCAGAAGGAGCGGCGCACCAAGUCCUCCAUCUUCUGCAUCCUGGUGACGGGGCUGGCCAUGACAGACCUGCUGGGAACCUGCUUCCUCAGCCCCCUGGUGUUUGUGUGUUACAUCCGCCAGCGAUCCCUGCUGGGGCUCACUGGGGACCAGGGACUCUGUGGCCUCUUCGCCUUUGCCAUGACCUUCUUUGGCCUGGCCUCCAUGCUGAUCCUGUGUGCCAUGGCCGUGGAGCGCUGCCUGGCCAUCAGCCACCCCUAUUUUUACUCCAAGUGCGUCCGACGCAGCUUCGCCAAGGUGGCCCUCCUGCUCAUCUACAUCUUCACCUGCGUCUUCUGUGUUUUGCCAUUCUUCGGCUUCGGCCGCCACAAGCAGUACUGCCCAGGCACGUGGUGCUUCAUCAAGAUGGAGGCGGCGGGCGAGGGGGCGGACGAGGAGAGGAAGGUUCUGGCGUUCUCGCUGUCCUACGCCUCGGUCAUGGCACUGCUGAUCGUGGCGGUGUUUGUGUGCAACGGCUCGGUGAUCGUCAGCCUGUGCCGGAUGCACCGCAGCCAGAUGACACGGCGUGGUUCGGUGGUGAACGGAGGGAGGAAGAGGAAGAUGAGUCUGGGCUGGUUCGGACAGGGGGAGGAGGAGAUGGACCACCUGAUGCUGCUGGCCUCCAUGACGGUCAUCUUCGUUGUCUGCUCCUUGCCGCUCACUGUGAGUUGACCUCUGACCUCUCUCUCUCGCUCUCUGACCCAUAUCCCUGUCUGUUUGUUGUUGUGUGUGUUUGUUUAUGUGUGUGCAUGUUUAUGUGUGGCCCCUGGCUAUGACUGACACAGAUUCUGUGACUUAUCAUCUGUGACUCAAACUCUCAGUGUUACUUAUUCACUUUUCCUGUGACUGACUGACGUUUUUCUCUGACUAACUCUUGAAUCUUUGACUCUUUGUGUCUCUUCAAUUGUCUUAUCCUCUCUGUCUGGAUCUCUCUGUAUGUGAUUCUGUCUGAUACCUAGUCAUGACCCUAGAGCACACUGUCAUACUGUAGCUAUUAGAUAUUCAAAACCACUUCUCUCAACUCCUGAUAUCACUCUAUGCACACAAAAUGUUAGCAUUCUGUGUAAACAAUGGCAUGCCGUGCCGUCUCGCUCACUGUUAGAUCGGUUUGGUGUCUUGACAUUGAAGUGAAAUGAGAACCGUCCUGCUUUCAAGGAAGUAUCAGAUGUGGGGGAAACCUUUGUUCAUAGGAGGACAUUUUUUUUAAAAACAAGCUGGACCAGUCUCCUCUCCUCUACUCCCAUGGGGCCGUUCAUUAUAACUUAUCCACUACCCAGAGAGGUUUAUCCCUUGGUUGCAUAACCAGACAGUCAUUAUUUGGAUAGUAAAUAAAACUGACCGUUGAUGUUUUUCUCCUCUAAUUGAGAGGUGUGUGCUAAACCUGCCAGCCCUGGAGGACUGGAUCUGGCCCCUCCCUCCCUUCCCAGAGGGCCGUGGGGCAGGUCGCUGCUUGGGCUCUCCCUACCUGUGGGUGCUGUUCAGUGGGUUUGACACUGAGCUGGGGAGGUACCCUCCUGUCCCUGUCUCUGGCCCUUCUGGCUGUUACCACACACACACAUAUAUGGACAUUUUGUGAAAUACAGAUAAAAUGAGGGUUGAUACCAAAACAAUCUAUGUUUUGUUGAAAGUCACUGGUUGAGUGUAAAGAUAUAAGCCUGCUAUCCUUGGUUACACCCUAAAUAAGCUUGCCAGUUUCCUUUGAUUUAAGUUAAAUCAUUGAUUUGUACUACUAAGUACAGCUGAGUAAUGACAUUCCAGUUACCAAAGUAGUUAAAGAGUAACUAUAAGGAAUGAAGGUAAUUGACUGUAACGUCAACUGUUCCCUUUUCUUUAAGUCAUUCAACACCAACCGUCUCCCUGAGGUCUCUCUGCUGCCUGUGGGUGAUAAGCCAUGAUGAGACAGAAAGUUGACAGAGAGGUUUUUAAGGAACUAUCUUAGUGCAGUCUCAGUCAGGAUCUGUGGUUGAUAUCUGAGGGAAAUAUUCAGGCACGUCCUGACUCCUGAGUCAUUCCUUGGAACAGACGGUAUCUGUUGAAAUUCAAAGAUAACCAAAUACUACUAAAUAUGUAGAUACAGUCGGCUUGAUUCACAUGCAGACGGUAAGAAAGGUUCCCCUGCAGGUUGGGCCUGGGCCUGUGAUACCUGAGCAGGGCCGUCUCCAGGCAUAAGUGACAUAAGCGGUCGCUUAGGGCCCCAGGCCGCAAGGGCCCCCCAACCCCCCAGAAUGUAUAUAUAUAUAUAUUAAUUUUUUUAAAUUUUGAACUCAAUCUGGGUCUCAACUUACUGUUGAGAGUUAGAAUAGUAGAAUGCACAAGGUGCAAGCCCGACAUUUGGUUGUGCAUCAGCAAUUUCUAUCUUGUUAUGUCAGUCACUGACAGUCACUCAAUUAGCCAUGUCAGCUAAUAAUUUUUAGAUUGGUAAAUUAGUCUAGCCAGCUAGCUAAACUCGCAGUAAUCAUGGCCGAAUACCAUCCAGGCACGCCAAAUCUCGUUUAGGGCCCCAAAAAGGCUAGAGCCGGCCCUGCCUGAGGGAAAUCAUUUAAGCCAGGGUACAUCCUGAGUGUCACGUCAAGGCCGUUAAUCUGGUGAAUAAUUGAAACGCCUGUUAUUAUGGAAUCACCCAACUGACUGACUCACACAUCACCUCAGACAUGCCACACUGCCGGUGUCUGUGUGUGUGCGUGUGUGUGUGUGUGGGGAAGGGUGCAUGUACAGUACCAGUUAAAAGUUUGGACACACCUACUCAUUCAAGGGUUUUUCUUUAUUUUUACUAUUUUCUACAUUGUAGAAUAAUAGUGAAGACAUCAAAACUAUGACAUAAUACAAUGGAAUCAUGUAGUAACCAAAAAAGUGUUAAACAAAUCAAAAUAUAUUUUAUAUUUGAGAUUCUUCAAAGUAGCCACCCUUUGCCUUGAUGACAGCGUUGCACACUCUUGGCAUUCUCUCAACCAGCUUCAUGAGGUAGUCACCUGGAAUGCAUUUCAAUUAACAGGUGUGCCUUCUUAAAAGUUAAUUUGUGGAAUUUCUUUCCUUCUUAAUGUGUUUGAGCCAAUCAGUUGUGUUGUGACAAGGUAGGGGGGUAUACAGAAGAUAGCCCUAUUUGGUAAAAGACCAAGUCCAUAUUAUGGCAAGAACAGCUAAAAUAAGCAAAGAGAAACAACAGUCCAUAAUUACUUUAAGGUAUGAAGGUCAGUAAAUCUGGAAAAUUUCAAGAAGUUUCUUCAAGUGCAGUCGCAAAAACCAUUAAGUGCUAUGAUGAAACACCUCCAGGCUGUGUAAGGCUAUUUGACCAAGAAGGAGAGUGAUGGAGUGCUGCAUCAGAUGACCUGGCCUCCACAAUCCCCUGACCUUAACACAAUUGAGAUGGUUUGGGAUGAGUCGGACCGCAGAGUGAAGGAAAAGCAGCCAACAAGUGCUCAGCAUAUGUUGGAACUUCAAGACUGUUGGAAACGCAUUCCAGGUGAAGCUGGUUGAGAGAAUGCCAAGAGUGUGCAAAGCUGUCAUCAAGGCAAAGGGUGGCUAUUUGAAGAAUCUCAAAUAUCAAAUAUAUUUUGAAUUGUUUAACACUUUUUUGGUUACUACAUGAUUCCAUAUGUGUUAUUUCAUAGUUUUGAUGUCUUCACUAUUAUUCUACAAUUGAGAAAAUAGUAAAAAUAAAGAAAAGCCCUGGAAUGAGUAGGUGUAUCCAAACUUUUGACUGGUACUGUGUGUGCACACGUGUGUUUGUGUGUGCCUGCGCAUGCGUGCAUGUAUGCGUGUGUCUGUAUGUGAAUGUGACUAUGAAUGGAUGAAAGCGAGGUAAUGGAGAAGUGUGUAUCGGAUGAGUUCAGUUCGGCACAGUGCAUGUCAAGGCAGUAGUCUCUCCUCCCAGCUAAGGCCAGCUGCUUGGCAUACAGCCCCAGGCCUGUAGUUAGGAUGUGGGGUUAGCGUGUAAGACUGCCUGCCUUUCUGGAGCUGAAAGACUGUUGGAACAUGAUGGAAACCUGAAAAAGAGGCGAUGCAGUCCCCUGUAGUUCAGUUGGUAGAGAAUGGCGCUUGCAACGCCAGGGUUGUGGGUUCGUUUCCCAUGGGGGGCCAGUAUGAAAAUGUAUGCACUCACUAACUGUAAGUCGCUCUGGAUAAGAGUGUCUGCUAAAUGACUAAAAAUGUAAAAAAUAUCAUUAAAAAAAAUAAUGCAGGAUGGAGGAAAGAAACUACUGUAGUUUUGUGGGAACUAUAAUUCCCUCUUUAAUAUGGUAGAGUGGCAAUGGGAUAGAUAGAGAGUCUAGUUUACAGUGGGGAAAAAAAGUAUUUAGUCAGCCACCAAUUGUGCAAGUUCUCCCACUUAAAAAGAUGAGAGAGGCCUGUCAUUUUCAUCAUAGGUACACGUCAACUAUGACAGACAAAUCUAGAAAAAAAAAUCCAGAAAAUCACAUUGUAGGAUUUUUAAUGAAUUUAUUUGCAAAUUAUGGUGGAAAAUAAGUAUUUGGUCACCUACAAACAAGCAAGAUUUCUGGCUCUCACAGACCUGUAACUUCUUCUUUAAGAGGCUCCUCUGUCCUCCACUCGUUACCUGUAUUAAUGGCACCUGUUUGAACUUGUUAUCAGUAUAAAAGACACCUGUCCACAACCUCAAACAGUCACACUCCAAACUCCACUAUGGUCAAGACCAAAGAGCUGUCAAAGGACACCAGAAACAAAAUUGUAGACCUGCACCAGGCUGGGAAGACUGAAUCUGCAAUAGGUAAGCAGCUUGGUUUGAAGAAAUCAACUGUGGGAGCAAUUAUUAGGAAAUGGAAGACAUACAAGACCACUGAUAAUCUCCCUCGAUCUGGGGCUCCACGCAAGAUCUCACCCCGUGGGGUCAAAAUGAUCACAAGAACGGUGAGCAAAAAUCCCAGAACCACACGGGGGGACCUAGUGAAUGACCUGCAGAGAGCUGGGACCAAAGUAACAAAGCCUACCAUCAGUAACACACUACUCCGCCAGGGACUCAAAUCCUGCAUUGCCAGACGUGUCCCCCUGCUUAAGCCAGUACAUGUCCAGGCCCGUCUGAAGUUUGCUAGAGUGCAUUUGGAUGAUCCAGAAGAGGAUUGGGAGAAUGUCAUAUGGUCAGAUGAAACCAAAAUAUAACUUUUUGGUAAAAACUCAACUCAUCGUGUUUGGAGGACAAAGAAUGCUGAGUUGCAUCCAAAGAACACCAUACCUACUGUGAAGCAUGGGGGUGGAAACUUCAUGCUUUGGGGCUGUUUUUCUGCAAAGGGACCAGGACGACUGAUCCGUGUAAAGGAAAGAAUGAAUGGGGCCAUGUAUCGUGAGAUUUUGAGUGAAAACCUCCUUCCAUCAGCAAGGGCAUUGAAGAUGAAACGUGGCUGGGUCUUUUAGCAUGACAAUGAUCCCAAACACACCUCCCAGGCAACGAAGGAGUGGCUUCGUAAGAAGCAUUUCAAGGUCCUGGAGUGGCCUAGCCAGUCUCCAGAUCUCAACCCCAUAGAAAAUCUUUGGAGGGAGUUGAAAGUCUGUGUUGCCCAGCGACAGCCCCAAAACAUCACUGCUCUAGAGGAGAUCUGCAUGGAGGAAUGGGCCCAAAUACCAGCAACAGUGUGUGAAAACCUUACAGAAAACGUUUGACCUGUGUCAUUGCCAACAAGGGGUAUAUAACAAAGUAUUGAGAAACUUUUGUUAUUGACCAAAUACUUAUUUUCCACCAUAAUUUGCAAAUAAAUUCAUAAAAAAUCCUACAAUGUGAUUUUCUGGAAUUUAUUUUCUAAUUUUGUCUGUCAUAGUUGACAUGUACCUAUGAUGAAAAUUACAGGCCUCUCUCAUCUUUUUAAGUGGGAGAACUUGCACAAUUGGUGGCUGACUAAAUACUUUUUUUCCCCACUGUAUAUAACACGCUUACCACUUCUGUCAAUACUGAGCACACAUACAGUGCCUUCGGAAAGUAUUUAGAACCCUUGACUUUUUCCACAUUUUGUUAUGUUACUGCCUUAUUCUAAAAUUGAUUGAAUAAAACAAAUUCCUCAGCUAUCUACACACAAUACCCCAUAAUGACAAAGUGAAAACAGUUUUUUUGAAAUGUUGCAAAUUUAUAAAAAAUAAAAAACAUAAAUACCUUAUUUACAUAAGUAUUCAGAUCUUUCACUAUGAGACUCGAAAUGUAGCUCAGGUGCAUCCUGUUUCCAUUGAUCAUCCUUGAGAUGUUUCUACAACUUGAUUGGAGUCCACCUGUGGUAAAUUCAUUUGAUUGGACAUGAUUUGGAAAGGCACACACCUGUCUAUAUAAGGUCCCACAGUUGACAGUGCAUGUCAGAGCAAAAAGCAAGUCAUGAGGUCGAAGGAAUUGUCUGUAGACAGGAUUGUGUCGAGGCACAGCUUUGGGGAAGGGUACCAAACAUUUUCUGCAGCAUUGAAGGUCCCCAAGAACACAGUGGCCUCCAUCAUUCUUAAAUGGAAGAAGGUUGGAACCACCAAGACUCGUCCUAGAGCUGGCCACCCGGACAAACUGAGCAAUCAGGGGAGAACGGCCUUGGUCAGGGAGGUGACCAAGAACCCGAUGGUCACUCUGACAGAGCUCUAGAGUUCCUCUGUGGAGAUGGGAGAAACUUCCAGAAGGACAAAUAUCUCUGCAGCACUCCACCAAUCAUGCCUUUAUGGUAGAGUGGCCAGACGGAAGCCACUCCUCAGUAAAAGGCACAUGACAGCCCGCUUGGAGUUUGCCAAAAGGCACCUAAAGUCUCUCAGACCAUGAGAAACAAAAUUAUCUUGUCUGAUGAAACCAAGAUUGAGCUCUUUGGCCUGAAUGCCAAGCGUCACGUCUGGAGGAAACCUGGCGUCAUCCCUAUGGUGAAGCAUGGUGGUGGCAGCAUCAUGCUGUGGGGAUGUUUUUAAGCGGCAGGGACUGGGAGACUAGUCAGGAUCGAGGGAAAGAUGAACGGAGCAAAGUACAGAGAGAUCCUUGAUGAAAACCUGCUCAGGACCUCAGACUGGGGCGAAGGUUCACCUUCCAACAAGACAACGACCCUAAUCACACAGCCAAGACAACGAAGGAGUGGCUUUGGGACAAGUCUCUGAAUGUCCUUGAGUGGCCCAGCCAGAGCCCGGACUUGAAGCUGAUCGAACAUCUCUGGAGAUACCUGAAAAUAGCUGUGCAGCAACGCUCCCCAUCCAAACUGACAGAACUUGAGAGGAUCUGCAGAGAAGAAUGGGAGAAACUCCCCAAAUACAGGUGUGCCAAGCUUGUAGCGUCAUACCCAAGACGACUCAAGGCUUUCAUCGCUGCCAAAGGUGCUUCAACAAAGUACUGAGUAAAGGGUCUGAUGUAAAUGUGAUAUUUCCGUUUUUUUAUUUUUAAUAAAAUAGCUGAAAUGUCUAAAAACCUGUUUUUGCUUUGUCAUUAUGGGGUAUUGUGUGUAGAUUGAUGAGGGGGAAAAAACUAUGUAAUCAAUUUUAGAAUAAAGCUGUAACGUAACAAAAUGUGAAAAAAGUAAAUGGGUCUGAAUACUCUCAGAAGGCAGUACAGUACACACACACACCACACACACUCAGACUCACGGGCACGCCUCCGUCUCUCCGUCCAGUUCUUAUUAAUGGAAUGUAAACACGUUGAUGUAACACUAUACAGUAGAGCACAAUGCUUGGCGCUGAAGAAUAGAUGCUUUUCUCACAGCGGUCUGCUUUCAGCACCACCACAAGUAAUGUAAUCUAGUGAGGCUAGCUGGAACAAGUGAAUGUGAGAGAGAUGGAAAGAAGAGAUAAAUAUGGUGCAUUUGGCUGAUAAGAGGAGGAUGUGUGUGCUUUCAGUCUGUCUACUCUGCAAGUGAUGUAUGGCGUGAGUGAGGGAGGAGAGAGAGGUUGAAAACCAGAAAGAGAAAGAUGAAUGGCCAGCUGGACUGAUGCUGCUUGAUACAGUGUAGGGCAUUUCCAUGUAAAAGGCUCCAUGACCACUAAUGUGAAGUUCAUAGGAGCAUAUCAAAUUUGGUGUCAAAAGAAAGCUAAGAGUCUAUUUUUUUAUUUUUUAUUAAGGCAUAUAUCAAUUCUUCCAUCAUUUUCCAUCCUAAAAAUGUGGAAUAAGUAAAGGCUUUCUGGUCAAACAGAUGGAACAGGGGUCUUGUCUUCUGUAAGUUUAAGAAAUAUUACCUAGUGUCUUGUCAUUCUGUCACCAACAAUAAUGAACGUUUACAGAAGUAACAAGUAAAGGUAGACCUACCAAUUAGUUAUAGUGUUUUUCCUGAGAACAAUUUAGUUUAUGAUUUAUUAGGUGAUUAAAAUGUGUCAUUCUGUUACCAAAUCGGUAACAGAAUGACCAAAAAGCAGUAACAGAAUGACUGCAACUGAAUUGGCUGCAAUGGGAAUUCAUAGUAGUCACAAACCACAGUUGGGUCACGUGCUACUGUCCUUUCUUCCACAGGCAUACUGUUAUGCUCAGCUCAUAACUGAUUUAUUGAUCUUUCUGUCGUGGGGUGGUAAAAGCAAGAGUGUCUCUUCUCUCUCUCCAUUUAAUGUCACCUCUCCUAGCUCUAACUGACACCUACCCAUGAGCCCCCUCUCUUUCCAUGAGCCCCCUUUCACCUAAUGAGCACCGACUGACACAGGAUGUCCAUGGGCGUUGAAAUGUAGUUCAUAGCCCACUGAAUCAACAUUGUUUCCACUUCAUAAAAAAUAAAAAAUAAACAUGUAUCACGUUGAAUAUACGCGGAAAACCGAUUGGAUUUGCAAAAAGUCAUGAAUAUAAGGGAACCUGACGACCGAGGUCAGCCUGCAGGCGCCCGACCCACCACAAGGAGUCGCUAGAGCGCAAUGAGCCAAGUAAAGCCCCCCCCCCACCCAAACACUCCCCUAACCCAGACGACGCUGGGCCAAUUGUGCGCCGCCCUAUGGGAAUCCCAAUCACGGCCGGUUGUGAUACAGCCCAGGAUCAAACCCGGGUUUGUAGUGACGCCUCUAGUACUGCGAUGCAGUGCCUUAGACUGCUGAGCCACUCGGGAGGCUUCACCCAACUUUUAACCUAAAUCCAAUGUCAUUUAGAUAUUUGUUGUUGAUUUCAUGUUGAAUUCACAUUAGUUGACAACUCAGUCAAAUCAAUUUGAACUGGUGUCUGUUUCACAAGUUUGGACAGCACAGUACUGUACAGUAGAGUUUAGUACACUACAGUACAGUAAGCACACUAGAGUAGAGUACAGUAUAAUUUACUGAACUAUACUGUACUGUACUGAACUAUACUCUACUAUACUAUACUGUGCUGUACUCUACUGUGCUGGUCUGUGAAGUCCAAACUUGUGGAACAUAGACGUCUAUGAUUGGUACAGAUUUUUGGUCUUGUUUGGGGGCGGAGCUCAUUCGAAUAAUAGCCAGUGUGUAGAAUAAUACCCAAACGUACAAAGGAGGAUAUUACAUUUUUUACCUUCGUGUACCUAUUCAGGAUAUCACCAUGACGAGAAUAACAUUCAUAAUUAUGAAUUUCUGUAUAGUACAGAUUAGGGACCCAUGAUGUCAUUCUGUUACCUUCAUUCUGUUAUCGCAGGGGUGUUAAACUCAUUCCAUGAAGGGCCUAGCGUCUGCAGGUUUUUGUAAGACCUAGACAACCAGGUGAGAGGAGUUCUUUACUAAUUAGUGACCUUAAUUCAUCAAUCAAGGACAAGGGAGGAGUGAAAACCUGCAGACACUCGGCCCUCCGUGGAGUGAGUUUGACAGGUGUUACAAUACUGCAUGGUUAUUGAACUUCACUUAUUGUAGUUCAAUAACCACAUUUUUUUUUUUUUUACUCAAGGUGUCAUAUCAUAGCUGACACCACAUUCUUUCUGCAGACAUCUUUGAAUCUUAUUUCGGAGUACAUGUAGAUAUUUAACAGAGAUUUUGGAAAUCGUGGUCACAUAAACAACUGAGGGAGAUUUUCACGUCAUUCUGUAACCAAACUGUACAACUGUACGGUUCUUUGAGUAAAUGUUUUUUGUAAAGUUUUCAGUGGAAAUUGUUCAAAUUAGUCCCUGUGCAUAGAGUUGUAUGGUUUGUUUAACUUUGCAAUACAGUGAAAAAUAGGAGUCUCAGCUUCAUUCUGUUAUCGUGGAAUUGCCCUGCACUAGUUUCUAGUGGUUAGAAUCAGUCUUGUUCCCCAACAGUAAAUUUCAUCCAGACAGUAAAUGUGGUUGUUUAAUUAACAUUACAGGCUCAGAUCAAUGUUUGAUGAUGGAGUCUGUAGGUAUUUAUAAUAUUUGCUUUGUGGUUUAUUGAGGAGGGACUUUUUCAGGUGUGAAAAGGUGAAAGGUACAAUGAUAUGUAACAUAACAGGACAGCAGACAUUGCACCAGCGGACACAGUUCCCUUUCAGACUUCUUUUCAUGUUUCAAUCUGCAACCUACAUUUAAAAUUUGACCCAAGGUCAGCAGCUAUAUGGAGUAUUGUAAUUUGUUGGUCACUGCCACUUUAGUAAGCCUGUAUUUACCCAGGCCUCUCAGCGCUGUUCAUAUGGCCUUCAAUUCCCUUUCACCCUGCUUUGAUUUACAUCCUGCAUUUGGUUGUAUAAAGCGUUUGUGACACGGAGCAGAAUAGAUUGGUAUCAUUAAACGAUCGCCCUUGACACUCUGAGGGCUAUUGUACAUAACAGUGGCUGAUCUAAUUGAGGGAAAAAAGUAUUUGAUCCCCUGCUGAUUUUGUAUGUUUGCCCAAUGACAAAGACAUGAUCAGUCUAUCAUUUUAAUGGUAGGUUUAUUUGAACAGUGAGAGACAGAAUAACAACAACAAAAUCCAGAAAAACACAUGUCAAAAAUGUUAUAAAUUGAUUUGCAUUUUAAUGAGGGAAAUAAGUAUUUGACCCCUCUGCAAAACAUGACAUAGUACUUGGUGGCAAAACCCUUUUUGGCAAUCACAGAGGUCAGAUGUUUCUUGUAGUUGGCCACCAGGUUUGCACACAUCUCAGGAGGGAUUUUGUCCCACUCCUCUUUGCAGAUCUUCUCCAAGUCAUUAAGGUUUAGAGGCUGACGUUUGGCAACUCGAACCUUCAGAUCCCUCCACAGAUUUUCUAUGGGAUUAAGGUCUGGAGACUGGCUAGGCCACUCCAGGACCUUAAUGUGCUUCUUCUUGAGCCACUCCUUUGUUGCCUUGGCUGUGUGUUUUGGGUCAUUGUCAUGCUGGAAUACCCAUCCACGACCCAUUUUCAAUGCCCUGGCUGAGGGAAGGAGGUUCUCACCCAAGAUUUGACGGUACAUCGUCCCUUUGAUGCGGUGAAGUUGUCCUGUCCCCUUAGCAGAAAAACACCCCCAAAGCAUAAUGUUUCCACCUCCAUGUUUGACGGUGGGGAUGGUGUUCUUGGGGUCAUAGGCAGCAUUCCUCCUCCUCCAAACACGGCGAGUUGAGUUGAUGUUAGAUGUGUCUUGCGAAAGUAUUCACCCACCUUGGCAUUUUUCCUAUUUUGUUGCCUUACAACCUGGAAUUAAAAUGGAUUUUGGGGGGUUUUGUAUGAGUUGAUUUACACAACAUGCCUACCACUUUGAAGAUAUAAAAUAUUUUUUCUUGUGAAACAAACAAGAAAUAAGACAAAAAAAAACAGAAAACUUGAGCGUGCAUAACUAUUCACCUCCCUCAAAGUCAAUACUUUGUAGAGCCACCUUUUGCAGCAAUUACAGCUGCAUGUCUCUUGGGGUAUGUCUCUAUAAGCUUGGCACAUCUAGCCACUGGGAAUUUCUAGGCAAAACUGCUCCAGCUCCUUCAAGUUGGAUGGGUACCGCUGGUGUACAGCAAUCUUUAAGUCAUACCACAGAUUCUCAAUUGGAUUGAGAUCUGGGCUUUGACGAGGCCAUUCCAAGACAUUUAAAUGUUUCCCCUUAAACCACUCAAGUGUUGCUUUAGCAGUAUGCUUAGGGUCAUUGCCAUGCUGGAUGGUGAACCUCCGUCCCAGUCUCAAAUCUCUGGAAGACUGAAACAGGUUCCCUCAAGAAUUUCCCUGUAUUUAGCGCCAUCCAUUCAAUUCUGACCAGUUUCCCAGUCCCUGACGAUGAAAAACAUCCCCACAGCAUGAUGCUGCCACCACCAUGCUUCACUGUGGGGAUGGUAUUCUCGGGGUGAUGAGAGGUGUUGGGUUUGCGCCAGACAUAUCAUUUUCCAAAAAGCAACAUUUUAGUCUCAUCUGAACAGAGUACCUUCUUCCAUAUGUUUUGGGGAGUCUCCCACAUGCCUUUUGGCGAACACCAAACGUGUUUGCUUAUUUUUUUCUUUAAGCAAUGGCUUUUUUCUGGCCACUCUUCCAUAAAGCCCAGCUCUGUGGAGUGUACGGCUUAAAGUGCUGCUAUGGACAGAUACUCCAAUCUCCGCUGUGGAGCUUUGCAGCUCCUUCAGGGUUAUCUUUGGUCUCUUUGUUGCCUCUCUGAUUAAUGCCCUCCUUGCAUGGUCCGUGAGUUUUGGUGGGCAGCCCUCUCUUGGCAGGUUUGUUGUGGUGCCAUAUUCUUUCAAUUUUUUAAUAAUGGAUUUAAUGGUGCUCUGUGGGAUGUUCAAAGUUUGAUAUUUUUUUAUAACCCAACCCUGAUCUGUACUUUUCCACAACUUUGUCCCUUACCUGUUUGGAGAGCUCCUUGGUCUUCAUGGUGCCGCCCCUUGCUUAGUGGUGUUGCAGACUCUGGGGCCUUUCAGAACAGGUGUAUAUAUACUCAGAUCAUGUGACACUUAAAUGAAGUCCACCUGUGUGCAAUCUAACUAAUUAUGUGACUUCUGAAGGUAAUUGGUUGCACCAGAUCUUAUUUAGGGGCUUCAUCGCAAAGGGGGUGAAUACAAAUGCACGCACCACUUUCCCAUUAUUUAUUUGAAACAAGUAAUUUUUUUAAUUUCCCUUCACCAAUUUGGACUAUUUUGUGUAUGUCCAUUACAUGAAAUCCAAAUAGAAAUCCAUUUAAAUUACAGGUUGUAAUACAACAAAAUUGGAAAAAUGCCAAGGGGCAUGAAUACUUUUGCAAGGCAUUGUAUAAGAGCUGAAGUCCUGUUCUCUGGUGAACAAUUGAUGGUCUGAGUCUUUUAACAAGCUGAUUGUAAAUGUCAAUGGUCAUUUACAGUGCCUUGCAAAAGUAUUCAGACCCCUUGAAUUUCUUCAGAUAUUAUUGUGUUACGGAGUGUGAUUAAAAUUGAUUUACAGUUUGUCAUUUUUUGUCAACAAUAUUCACAAAAUACUCUAAUGUUAAAGUGGAAGAUUAUUUAUUAAAGAUGAAUAAAAGAUUGAAUAACUAAAAUAUAGUAGUUGCAUAAGUAUUCAGCCCCUUUGUUUAGGCAAGCCUAAGUUAGUUCAGGAGUAAAAUGUACCUUAACAAAUAACAUAAAAAGCUACAUGGACUUGGGGUUGACAUUUUACAUUUACAUCAUUUAGCAGACGCUCUUAUCCAGAGCGACUUACAAAUUGGUUCAGUCAACUUAUGAUAGCAAGUGGGACAACCACUUUUUCUUCUUCUUUUUUUUUAUAUGGUGGGGUGGGGGUAGAAGGAUGACUUUAUACUAUUCCAGGUAUUCCUUAAAGAGGUAGGGUUUCAAGUGUCUCCGGAAGGUGGUCAGUGACUCCGCUGUCCUGGCGUCGUGGGGGAGCGGGAACUGUGCUUCUGUAGAGGUAGGGGAGCUAGCAGGCCAGAGGUGGAUGAACGUAGUGCCCUCGUUUGGGUGUAGGGUCUGAUCAGAGCCUGAAGGUAAGGAGGUGCCGUUCCCCUCACAGCUCUGUAGGCAAGCACCAUGGUCUUGUAGUAGAUGCGAGCCUCAACUGGAAGCCAGUGGAUUGUGCAGAGGAGCGGGGUGACAUGAGAGAACUUGGGAAGGUCGAACACCAGACGGGCUGCGGCGUUCUGGAUAAGUUGUAGGGGUUUAAUGGCACAGGCAGGGAGCCCAGCCAACAGUGAGUUGCAGUAAUCCAGAUGGGAGAUGACAAGUGCCUGGAUUAGGACCUGUGCCGCUUUCUGUGUAAGGUAGGGUCGUACUCUGCGAAUGUUGUAGAGCAUGAACCUGCAGGAUCGGGUCACCGCUUUGAUGUUAGCAGAGAACGACAGGGUGUUGUCCAGGGUCAUGCCAAGGCUCUUUGCACUCUGGGAGGAGGACACAAUGGAGUUGUCAACCGUGAUGGCGAGAUCAUGGAGUGGGCAGUCCUUCCCCGGGAGGAAGAGCAGCGCCGUCUUGCCGAGGUUCAGCUUGAGGUGGUGAUCCGACAUCUACGCUGAUAUGUCUGCCAGACAUGCAGAGAUGCGAUUCGCCACCUGGUUAUCAGAAGUGGGAAAGGAGAAAAUUAAUUGUGUGUUGUCUGCGUAGCAAUGAUAGGAGAGACCAUGUGAGGAUAUGACAGAGCCAAGUGACUUGGUGUAUACAGAGAAUAGGAGAGGGCCUAGAACUGAGCCCUGGGGGAAACCAGUGGUGAGAGCACGUGGUGCGGAGACAGAUUCUCGCAACGCCACGACAUUUUUAAAUGCUAUAUGGAAUUGGUUUAAGAACAUCAUAUCAAUGAUUGUUUUGCUAUUUGAGUUUGAAUUUUAAGACCCCUUGACGUAUCCCAAAAAAUAUUUGAUGAAUAUUUGUAUUUGGCCUUAAUGCGAUUAGCCCAUAAAAACGCUUUGAAUAAUAGAUUCACUACAUGGAACAACAGAUAGUCGAAAUUAAGUUGGUUCUGAAGUAUCUGUCCUAUAUCUGAGAGAUAUAACAAAGAUCAGGAAACAUUUGUAUUUAACCCCUUAUUUUCCGCAGAGGCAAGGAAAUCGACUCUAGGGGGUUAAAGAUGCACUAUGCAUAAAUCGCUCCGCCAUUUCCUGGUUGCUAAAAUUAUAUAGUUAGCCUAAUUUCAGUUUAUGUGACAAAACUAGUAAGUAUAGUGUAGAGAAUCAUUCUACCAUCUAAACCGCUGUGAAAUAUAUUUUCCAUUACCAAAAAUAUUGUAUUUUCAGCUGUUUGAAGCUGGUGUACUAAACCGAAAGUAAAAGGUGUAAAAACUAAACAUAAGAAUGUUAAGCAUAGCAAUAACGCACAUUGAACAGAUCUACCGCUUCUUAGACUUGCUUUCAAUGAGAAUGACAGAUCUAUAACUCACAUUUCUAUGUGAAUUUGGUCGGGUCGCCCAAAACUUUACAUAUUGCAUUAAAAAAAAUACUAUAGCAAGACUUGGAAGUUGCUGUCUAGCCAUGAUCCCCAACACCUUGACAGAGCUUGAAGAAUGUUGAAAAGAAUAAUAGGCAAUUAUUGCACAAUCCAGGUGUGCAAAGCUCUUAGAGACUUACCCAGGAAGACUCACAGCUGUAAUUGCUGCCAUGGGUGUUUCUAACAUGUAUGGACUCAGGGAGCUGAAUACUUAUACAACCUAUAUAUUUAAUUUAUAUUGAUUUGAUGGCAGCCAUUACAGCUGUAAAUGAUUUUGAAUCAGAUUCUACAAACUUUGCACAACUCUAAGGGCAACAUAUAUACAUAGUUUGUCAAAAUUGCUCAAACUCAGUACAUUUGGUUGGUAGUCAUUGAUGGACAGAAAUAUUGUUGUGCAAAGUUAGUGGAAUCUUAUUCAAAAUGAUUCACAACUUUAAUUGCUGCCUAAGGCGCGUCCACCAAGUAUUAUCUCUGGGGUGUCAAUACAUACCCCACUGGGCACAAACUGGUUAAAUCAAUGCUGUUUCAGCGUAAUUCGUCACCGUAUUGUGACGUGAAAACCUAUGUGGAAAUUACAUUGGAUUUGGAAAAAAGUCAUCAACAUAAACUGUUUUUGUGAAAUUUCAACCACAUGAUUAUGUCAUCAUGGUAACCAAUUUGGUCCGUUCAGGUCUAACUAGUGUUUUUAGACAGUUUUCUUCCUACGGGUAAUGUAUGCCCAAGGGCAACUUGCUUAAAUUCCCCUUUUCCCAGAAACACACAAAGUUACCAAAUAGAGUAACCAGCAAAUGAGUGAGUACACAAAACAACACAGUAUCCAUACUCACAUACGGAAAAUAGUCUCUAACAAAGUUACCAAACAGAGUAACCAGCAAAUGAGUGAGUACACAGGACACCACAGUAUCCAUACUCACAUACGGAAAAUAGUCUCUCUCUACAAACACAACUGACCGGCUUUUAAACAAUGGGAUGUGUGAUUGAAAAACCAGAAACAGGUGGUGCAAUGCAUAGGAAUGUCCACUGAUUGGUCCACCUCAGCAAUCAGCAGACACCCCAACGACCACCAAUCAGGAACAUACAGGACACCUGUGAUUAGGGCAGGAGAGGAAAAACACAAAAAGAAGGAUACCUGUAUCUGUUACAAACAUAUGUUGAGUUUGUACCUUUGAAACAACAUCAGCUGUUCAACAUAAAAUCCACUAUGAGAAAAUAAUUAUAGGCUGGGCAGCAUCUCCUUCUGGAGAGUUGAUCACCUAUCAGCUAUCCUUUUGGUCUCCCAUCCAGGGUUUUAACCAAGCCCUGCUUUGACAUUUCUAACUAUUACCAAUACACUAUCGUGAGAAUGAUUGUUGAGAAAUCUCCACUUAAUCGAUUCACUGUUGCAAUCAAAGCCAUUGCAAAGGGUAGGUUUAACAGAGCAAAUGAAAUGUAACCAUACCUUUUUAAUCAUAUAUGAUCAAUAGUGCUUUUUAGGCCUAUAGCAUUUGGGAAGUCAUAAACAGCAAUUGUUUAAAUUCAGCACAGGAUUAAACAAAAAACAGACAAUACAUAUAGGCCUAGGGCAGGACUGCCCAACCCUGUUCCUGGAGAGCUACCGUCCUGUAGGUUUUUGCCCCAACCCUAAUCUAGCACACCUGAUUCUAAUAAUUAGCAGGUUGAUAAGAUGAAUCGGGUUAGUAACACCUGGGGUUGGAGCUCAAACCAACAGGAGGGUAGCUCUCCAGGAACAGGGUUGGGCAACCCUGGCCUAGGGUUUCAAGCUUUGGUUGAUUUUAAAUGGAAUUUACAAGUUAAUAUAAAAUAUGUUGGAUUCAUAUCUCCAUCUCAACCAAAAAUGUAAGUUAAAGAAUAGGACUAAAUCAAAUCAAACUGUAUUUAAAGUACAUUUAAAGUUCGAUUUGAUUUAAAUGAGUCCCAUUCUUAAACGUAGAUGUUUGGUUGAAAUUAUUAAUUUGUAGAAAAACUGAAAUUAAUGCCAGACUCAGUGGCACAGAUUGAGCUAUCCAAGCAGAAGAUGUUGGUUGCGCUGACAACCAAACAAUAUUCAAUAUCACUUUUGCAAUACAGUAAAUAGCCUAUUAACUUGUCAACAAGUUAGCAAAUUUGGAUUCACUUCUCCAUCUCAACCAAAAAUACAAGUUAUAGAAUAGGAUGAAGCCAGUGGCUCAGAUGGAACUAUCCAAGCAGUAGAUACAUCUCCUUUAAAUGUUGAUAUUUGGUUCCGUUGUCAACCAAAUACAACCAAACUUUAUGAUUUGUAAUACUGUAAAUAGCCUACAGUUAAGGCUAUCUUACAAACUAAUGUAACAGUAUUUAUUCAACCUUAAAAUGAGGAACACAUCAUGGCCACAUUUUGAGGUUACUGUAACAUUAAAUAUCUUCUUAAGUAAUCAUAGAAUGCGUGCAUGUUCACGAUAGCAUGCAAAGGUCGCAGGUCUGUGGAAAUUUUCACAAAUGCUAUAAUAAUCUGCAGCAGCAUUGAUCACUUGCCCGAUGUACUUUAAUGUAAUCUCAACUGCAAUCCAGGUUAUUUGGUUGUGCUAUUAGAUGAAGCACAGUGAAAGUUGUAUAAAUAAACAAAUAUCUGCCAUUGUAUUCCCAUUUGAACUUAGUUGUGCUUGUAAAUGGUUAAAAGCGCAGUGAUAACACAUUUAGGUGACAACUAAACCACAAAUCAGACAUUGAUUUUCCAUUGGAAUUUGGUUGUGCUUUUAGAUGGUUGAAAGCAUAGUGAAAAUACAUUGGGAAUUCAACAAAGUUUUGGCUGUCUUUUUGAGUGGUUGAAAAUAGGUUGUAAUCUCAUUGAUCAAUGUAUCAACCAAAUAUUAGCAAAUUUUCCACGUUGGGACGCAAUCAAGACUACUUCAUUUUGUAAUCAAUUAGGACAAUUUUCUAUAAUAUUUAUUUCACUUUGAAAAUGUGGAGUAGGUUGUGUAGAUCAGUAGAAUAAAAAAACAAGUGUAUUCCUUUUGAGAUUUAAUUUUAAGGCAGCAAAAUGUGAUUACUGUGCAAGGGGUGUGUAUACUUUCACUAUAGGCACUGGAUCUAUCAUCUCUAGGUAGUGGGUGUGUGUGCGUGCUUGUGUGCGUGUGUGCGUGCAUGCAUGCAUUACUGCGUGCAUGUUCCCCCUCUAGUUAGUCAAAUAGGGAUGAUGAGUGUAGUUCACCCACAUUAAAAAAUACUAUAGUAUACUAUGGUAUAAAUACUAUAGUAUUCACUGUAGUGUUUUUGUGGACUUUACUAUAAUAUUCCCUGUAGUGUUUUUGCAGAGUAAAGUCUGCAAAAACACUACAGUGAAUACUGUAGUAUUUACUGUAGUUUUGCGGACAUGACUGUAUUAUACUGUAGUUUACAGUUUACUAUAGUAUAAAUACUUAUUACUGUAGUGUUUUUGCAGACUGUAGUAUGCUGUAGUAUUUACUGUAGUGUUUUUGCAGACUGUAGCAAAUUUUCCAUAACCUGUAGGAAGGUCGGACUGAGGUCUGAACAGAUAGUUCAGAGCUUCUGCUCUUUUCUAUAAGCUGUAGGGAACACAAUAGGGCUCGGUCCAAGAACCUCUUAUCCCUUAGGCAGUGUGAUAAGAAUCAUACAACUUGAUAAUAUCCUCCUCUGAGAUAACAAACCACAUGUAGGAGUGAAAGAUGUGGCAGUACAGCACUGGAUGGACAGGCUCUUAGUGUAAGGUGCCUGUGCAGUGAUCUGGUCCAUUGUUUUGGCCUGUGUGUUAUUGCUCUCAGAGUCUCAGUGGACAGAAGAUCAGUGGGUAAGGACCAGUCAGGACCACAGGAGCUGUCCAUCGACCAGUAUGCCUUAUCACGCUUCUGUCAUAGUUCCGCAUGUCUAGUGUGGAGUCUUCCGGAGAGUAGAUGUGCUCUGUGA